AUGGCAGCUCGGCAAUCAACUCCCGCCUCGGAGCAUUCGCAUUCCGAUAGCAAUGUCCGCAAGAGAGUCUGCAAAGCAUGCGAUCGCUGCCGUUUGAAGAAAUCAAAGUGCGACGGCUCUAGUCCAUGUUCACGAUGUCGCGCCGAUAACGCAAUCUGCGUCUUUGGUGAGCGCAAGAAGGCUCACGAUAAAGUGUAUCCCAAAGGCUACGUCGAGAUGCUCGAGCAGCAACAAUCAUGGCUCGUCCACGGUCUCCAAGAACUAUACCGACGCAACAUCGAAGGCGAAGGCUGGCCAGGGGAUCUACUCAAGCUCGAACCCAACGGCAACCCACUCACGCACGAUCUCCUCAUGCGCCUCGGCGCCCUAGACGGCACCAAGGGCGAACGCUUCGAAGAGAACCCCGAGACCCUGCAGCAGGAAAUGUGGCACUCAACCUCCGGCAUGCAGCGACAAGAGUCCUCAGACGGCGGCUCAGAUAGUCCGCAAUCGCCUGCGCAAUCACGAUUCUCCGACGCCUUCUCGCACAUGCCACCUACGCCGCCGACGUAUAGUCCGCGCCAGAUCAAGGCCGAGCAGAUGCCCAGCACGCCGCAGUUUGCGCCGCCCUUGUCGAUGCAGGGGGUGGUGAAUCCGUUGGCGCUGCAGGAUCCGCAGCAGUGGUCCGGGCAGUUUAAUCCGUUUGAUGAGAUGGACUUCCUACCAACGGAUUAUUCCAAUAUGCCCUUUGACGAUUCACAAUUGUCGCCGAUGUUCAAUCGCCAAGUACAGAAUGGUCUGCCGCAAGGAUCAUAUCUGGACCAGAAGAAUGAUUAUGAGGAUUUCAACCAGUUCCUCAAUCCUAAUCCUACGGAGAUCACGUCGAUCUAG